CACUCGCUUACGUAUUUGAGUUGGUUAUAGAUAACUAUUAGUUCUUAGUCUCAGCGCUAGGUCAACAUGUAACUCGUGAAGGAUGGCGGGCAAGCUAAACAAAACUCAACCUCAGAAAGUCGCAAAGACUGUGCGAAAGCCUAUUUGUUCAGAGAUAAUCAAGCAGUUCGAUGAUAUCCUUGCUGGGCAGAAGGGCUAUGCGGUUGCAAAGUCCUGUGCCAGCAUCCUCGAGGGAAAACUGCAGUCGCUAGAGUAUGAGCUUGGCGGUGCUGGUGGCGUUCCCGGCGAUGGUUUAUAUGGCUCAAUCACAUUGGGCCAGUUCCAUCGCCUGCUUUGCUAUCUGCGCCUGGUGGACCUCUUGCGACCUUGCGAGAGCGUCCUGGGCGACAUCGGUGCGGGCAUAGCGAGGCCGGUGGUCAUUGCUACCUUCUGCUUUGGUGUGGAGGCUACUGGAUGGGAAACCAGCGUCAACAGGGUGUACGUUGGCACCUCUAUCAUUAGUAGGAUAGCCGACAGGUGCACAGCACCCGGCAACAAGGAGGUGGAGCCCCCCAUCAUGGCAACCGUCUUCCACUGCGCAGCGCAGUACAGCAAAAAGCCCC